CGCGUGGGGAGGGACACCGAGGCCGUGGGGGGACAUCGGGGUUCGCACCCAGCGCUCAUCGGUCCCCCAGACAUCGCGGUCACCCCGGGGGAGGCUGGAAGGAGCGGAGGGCGCCGGGGCUCAGGAUCUGAUCCCCAGCCUCCUUCUCUCCCUCCCCCCUGGCCGUGUCCCCGGGCCGGGAUGUCCCGACCCGCCCCGUCCCUCCCAGCCCGGCUGCAGACGCCUCCCUCGCCUCCUGCCCACCCUCCAUCCUCGGUCGGACCUCGGAACCCGCCGUCAUCGCCGGACCGAUCCCACCCUGGCCAUGAAGGGUCCCCUGCGUGGAGGAAUGUUCUCCCGGCAUGUCAAACGGCACCCCCGGCACGGUCUCGUUCCCCUCAUUGGCUUCAUCAGUGUGGGCCUGGGCAGCGCGGUCCUGUACCUGCUGCGGCUGGCGCUGUACAGCCCAGACGUCAGCUGGGACCGGAAGAAUAAUCCUGAACCCUGGAAUAAGCUGAGCCCCACAGACCAGUAUAAAUUUCUGGCAGUUUCCACUGACUACAAGAACCUCAAGAAGGACCGUCCCAGCUUCUGAGCCACCUCUGGGACGUGCUGGGCUGGCGGGGGAGCCCACCCCUCCCCCAAAAACUCCCUCACGGCCCCCCCAGCUCUGCCACAGCCACCACACACAGCUCCCACUGCUUCCCCAGCACCCCCAAACCGCGUGGUCGUGCCAGCCCCCCCCAAUAAACCACGUCCCCGUGGGUGCCCCUGCGCCCCUCA